UGAUAGGAUAAGACUAGUCAAAUGAACAAAAGCAUUGCAUGGAUUUAUGCGUAGUUUUGUGGUUUUCUCUCUCUCUCAUUCCUGAUCUGCAUAUAAGCUCGGGGACCUCACUCGAAUUUUGAUCACAGAGAAUCACUUUUUCCUUGCGGCCUUCUAGGUUUCAUCAUCGCAACCUUCUUUAGCUUCUCCCUUCAAUCACUUUCCUUGAAAACUUGCUAACCUUCAAUUCCAAAGCUUCUUUCUCUCUCUCAAAUGGCGGCCUUUCCAUAUCAACAUCAGCCGUUGUUUCUUGACUCAGCUUUCUUGCCAAGCAUAGCCACACCCACUAAGAACAUGAACAACAACAUGUAUGGUUCUUUUGAGGAAGCUGGAAACAUGAUCAAUACCAACGGUUUCUCCCAAAUUUACUAUCCUGAAACUUUUCAUGAAACACCUAGUCGUGAUGUUAGAUUUCAUCAAAGGAGCCAUCCUGAUGAUCAUAGCUAUAAGGUGUCUCUUAGUGAUAAUGAGACUUCUUGGACUAAAAAACAGAGCACAAACCCCUCAACCGCGGUGGAUAAGCUUGUAACUGGUGAGCACGUUACUCAAGAGGUAACUCCCAUGGCCAGGAAGAGGGCAAGUGCUAAUGGGUUCUUGAAUUCUGCUCAAUCAAAGUUUUUGUUACAGGAUGCUAGAAAAGUGAAAAGCAAGAGACAAAAUAAAUGCAGUGGUGACAUGAAACACGAAGAGAAGAAGCCAAAAGUUGAGAAGAAAGUUCUUGGAGAGCCUCCAGCAGGCUACAUUCAUGUAAGAGCAAGGAGGGGCCAGGCAACAGACAGCCACAGCCUUGCUGAGAGGGUAAGAAGAGAGAAAAUCAGUGAGAGAAUGAAGAUACUACAGCUUCUUGUUCCGGGCUGUGACAAGAUUACUGGGAAGGCCCUUGUGCUGGACGAGAUUAUUAAUUAUGUUCAGUCCCUGCAAAAUCAAGUGGAGGUCCUAUCCAUGAAGCUUGCCUCUGUUAAUCCCCCGCUCUAUGAUUUUGGAAUGGACCGUGAUGCAUUCAUGGUUAGACCAGAGAGUUUAAGUAGCAUGUCUCCACCACUGCCAUCGCUGCGACGCAACAGUCCUAUCCAGCCCACAGCUUUUGCCGACACCGCCUCCGCCACCACCGCCACCUUUGCUACAGAAGAAAAUAACUAUCCUCUUAUUGAUAAUUCUGCUACGCUUUUUCUUCAAGGAAUGAAGCCUAGUGACUUCACUACUCAUCAGGAUAGUGGUUACCUAAUGGGGGAUGUGGAUGAGCAAAGACAAAAAUUUCCUAAUCCAUCUGGGCUCACCAACAACUUGUGUUCUUUCCAUUAAAAUAAAUACACUAAGCGCUGCCCUACAAACAUCUGCUUGCAAGGAGAUGUCAAGGGCAACAGAAAAUAACAAGGGGAAAUUAAGAAACAGGGAGACAUGAAAUAUUCAAAACAAAGCUGCUGCAUUCAAUCUAGCAUAAGUUCCAGUGGAAGUUCGAAGCUUGUUUCUUCACUUAUUAAAAGCUCUGGUUACAAGUCCAAUAGAAUGAAAGUGGCAUCUUAAACCAUGAAUAAAGGGCAGCAACAUCAAUGGAUGAAGAACGCAGAGGACAUACAGGACCGACCAAAUAAGACCAGAUCUUUUUGUAGAUCCCUUGUUCCUGUCCAUCUUGACCCCUCAAUGUCUUGCACGCCAAAAUUCCACAGCCCCCCUUGUGGUGGUUAUGCCCUAUAGCUAGCUAGGCUUUUUUUUUUUCCUUGUAGAGCAUAAAAAUAGUAGUUGUAAUUCUCCAGUCAUUCUGUUAUUACAGUUAUUUUUACUUUUGCUUCCCUCUUUUUGGGAAAGAGGGAGGGUGAAAGAGAUGAGGUAAAACGCUAGAUUGAAGACGUUGUUACUGUAAUUGACACAGACUAGCUAUGCAUUUAUUGUUGGUAUC